GAGCAUGCGCGAAAAACCCGGUUCGUCUGGCAACACAGGUGCCAGAAGUAGAAUAUGUAACAAACAUUAUUAACGACAAAUUUGUUUACAGACAAUUAUUUUACUUGGAAAACGUGAAUCUUUUAGAACAAAUGGCAGAACACCUAAUUAACGAAUUAGAAAAAGCUGCACAAAUAAUUUUAGCACCUCCAAAUUUAAUUUCAACAGAGCAACGUCGACCUGCAGAAGAAGUUUUUUUAAAUUUUCGUAAAACUAAAUUCCCUUAUCAACUCUGUCGACAAAUUUUGGAAACAAAUACCAGUGAAUACAUUCUUUUUGAAGCAGCUGGCUUAAUAAAGAUAGCAUUGAUACGAGAAUGGCCAGUUUUACCAGAAGGAGAUAUCACUUCUUUAAAACAAUACCUUUUUCAUUAUGUGAUAAACAAACCACAUUUAGCUCAGUAUGUCAAGGGGUGCAUAAUACAAACUAUUGCAAUUAUAAUCAAAAAGGGAAGUAUUAAUGAUUCUGGACAAGAACGACAACGCACAUUAGAUGAAGUGGAAAAUUUAAUAAUGACUGGUGACUUGUCAAAAAAAAUUCUGGGAUGCAAUCUCAUAUCUGCUAUAAUGCAAGAAUAUGCAACUGAUGCUAAGUCCUCGAAUAUAGACUUAACAUGGGAAAGUCAUUUUAAUGAAAAGGAUAUAUUCCAAGCUGAUAUUUUGAAAAGAAUUUUCAACUUUGCUAUCAGAAUACUCGACGAAUUAGUUACAGGAGAUAUGCAGGAGGAUACUGUGACUCUUCUGAAAUACUUACUCCCAAUUAUAGAAAAUACGCUUACAUGGAGAUUUCUUUCUGUAAGAAUACCUCUAAUCGAAUUAGAAUUCGAAUCAAAAAGUAGUCCAACAUUGAAGUUAAGCAAAGAUUGGCAAGAUGUAGUGUUAGAUCCAGCUGUCUUAGACCUAUUUUUUACACUGUAUUGGAAAAUACGAGGUAAUUUACAAUUAGCUCAUCAUGCAAGAACUUGUUUAGUACAAAUGGCAAGCUUGAGUGGUACAAUAAUGUCAUCACAACAAGUCGAGUUGCAAUAUCUUUCUAAUUACAUGCUGAGAUUUUUAAAAUUUAUUACAAGUAUUAAUAUUAUCGACCAAGAAGCAAAUGGAAUUGCUAAUAUUAUAAGAAAUCUUUUUAAUUUUUUUCGUAAAAAUUUUAAAUCUUUACCUGAUGAUAUGUUUACAUCAUUUAUGGAACAGUUAUCUCGAAUAACUUGUCUAUUCAUAGAAAAUGCAGCACAAGAAGAAUCGUUAUGUAUUGAUGAUUGCUUGUAUACAGAAGCUUUAGAUACUUUGUUCAAAACAUGGCUAUAUUGGUCAGAGACAAAUCUAUUUCCUGCCGAGUUUUGUAAACAAAGUUCUGUCAAGAUAUUUAAUAUUUAUCUACAGUCUCAUUUGUCUGCACCAGAAGGUAUAAGAAAUAUAGAAGAAAAAGAUCUUGACAAGGAAGAAAUGGAGUUUGAGAUAGAUGAUAAAGUUAGGUUUAAGGAACAAUUGCAAACAAUUGGAAAUUUCGGAAGACAAAUUCCAAAUCAUUCUCUUCCAUUAUUGGCACAUUUAAUAGAAGAUCGUACGCUUAAAUUACGCGAAAUUCUGAAUAAAUUAGUAGGACAACCUGAAUCCUUAAAUGCAGUAAAGGAUAUAUCUAUGAUUAAAUUAUACGAAGACAUACAUUGGCUACUGCUCAUAACAGGUCACGUACUUUGUAUGGAGUCCGAAGGUGAAACUGCCGUAAUACCUUCUGACAUAAUGAUAUAUAGCAUGGAACAGGUACAACAGGGAAAAGUUGACCUAAAUCUCACACUACAAUUUUUAGCAUCAUCGGAGAAUGUCUCGUCGGAUAUUAAUGUUGCUACUGAAUCAGUAGAUCAUGUAAUUCGUUUAGUAGCAAAUGUAUUUCGUUUGUGUGCCAUAGAAAAAACUGCAAUAUCCGUUCGUCUAGAUAGUAUACUAAGCCCAGAAUUAAGUUGUACAGUAAUGUGGUUUUUACACAGAUGGUCCCUUCAUUACCUCUUAUUAGUAGAAGAUCAUUAUUCUGUAAUAAGUAUUGCAUUUAUACAAGCUUUCGGAGAAGAUACGCCCGGUGCAUCAUGGACUAUAAAUUUUCUUAUUGAAAAAAUAGUACAAAAUAUUAACGCUUUUAAAGGUGAACCAGCAUUAAUGAAGGAAACUAUAAAAUUAUUAAUAGCUCUUGUUGAUUUACCAAAGAAAGCCAGAUUCGUGUUGAAGUCUGAACGAUUUGGACAUAUUAUAGAUCUAGCUACAAAAGGACAAUACGACUUCCAGCAAGUGGUUAAAAGAGGAUUAAUGCGCGCCGUGGUUCAAGCUGGAAUUGUUAAAGAUGGAAUUAUUCACGACAAAUCUUAUUGGUCUCAGACUAUACAAGUAUUACAGGACAGAUGCAAACAGCUUACUUCGGAUGGGAAGUUUUUACAAUGUUAUCACCAAGAAGAAAUUAAAGUUCAAAUUAUAGAUAUUUUAGAAUGUUUCAUUGGAGUUGCACAAGGCGUACAAUGUGUGCAAAUUAUACAAUCCGGCAUAAUAUCAUUGUUCCAAUACAUUCGACCAGUAUUACGGGAACUUCCGAGUUUACUGUCUUUAUACCACAAUUAUCAGCAAAUAGUACAAUUAAUUUUGGAGCUCCUCGUCGAGUGUACAAACAAAGAGAUUCUUCGGCUUUUAGAAGAGACUGAAACCGAACGACAAAUGCGUGAAAUUUGUUUAAGUACAAUACAAAUUUAUGCGCGUUGCAAUGCUAAUCGGGUAACUGUAGAUUCAACUACAGAAGAAAGCAAUUGCCAAGACAUUUUGCUGCUAAUGAAGCUUCUAACUAAUAUUUUAAACAAAGAUACUACGUUCGGACCUUAUGUCAGUAGUAAGGAAUUACCGGAUAUAUUUUUAUGCGGUUUAAAUAUAAUUAUGCCUAUGGUGACUAUAGAUUUACUAAAAAUCCCAUCACUGUGUUCGCAAUAUUUUAAGAUGAUAAAAUCGCGUUGUAAAAGUUUUCCUGAUGACGUGUGCAAUUUACCUCCUGAAUUGUUACGAUCGCUUUUAGCAUCGGUAGAAUUAGGUUUAUUCUCGUUUGGUUCCGAAAUAUUCUCAAUGUGUUGUCAAAUAAUUCAAAAUUUGGCACAACAUAUUUACAAUAGUUCAAACGAACAUCCACGAAAUAAAUUAAUGGCACCAUUCUUAAAUUUACUGAUGACUGUAAGUUUAUCGCAUCAAAUCGAACCAGAUUUCAUAUUUAUCGCGGGCAUGGCUUUUUAUAAUUUGCUGUGUUGCUAUCAAGAGGAAUAUCAGCAACUUGUACAGAACAUUUUAUCUGCCCAAAGUGAUCAAAAAAUUGUACAAACACUAGCGGAUACCUGUACGAAGUUGACCGAGAAUAUAAGAUUAGAUACCAACGCCAUGAGUAGGAACGAAUUUGUAAAUCGUUAUUAUCAAUUCAUCACCAUUGUACAGGGAUUGGUAAUGAUUAAAUAAAUGUUUAAUUUGUGUCCUUUUA